CAACACGCGCAACACCUCACAGGUUUUGUUUGCUCAUUUCCAUUCUCCUGCUCUUGUUAUUUUUUCUUUUCCUCUCUCUUUCUUUCUCGGGCUUUUUUUUUCCUUUUUUUCGUCCUGGCGGGUGGUCUUACGUCCGUCUGCGUGUUGAUUCCCUCCACAAACCCAGCCAUACACCUUCAUUCCAGAUCUUGAAAUCUUGGCGCCGCUACACAUCCUGUCUGUCCCUUUCUUACCUGACGGAAACUCACACGCGCGCAGCUUUAUUUCCGGAGAGGAUACUGAUUGAACCGCCACUCCGUGAAGCGUGAGCAAUUAUAUCUGCCUUUCAUGGACGGCGGAGGAGGAGGGGGAGGAGGAGGAGGGUCAUCCACCCAUCGUCCCAAGCGCCGUCGCCUGGACACGCCGCCCAAACAUCACCACCACAGCAAUCACCACCACCAAUCCUUCCCAUCAUCAGCAUCCUCGUCGCAUAAAAAACCCACCACCGCGACCAGAAACAAUGGCUAUCACCGACUCCAAUCCCCGGCUACACGUACAGCGACAGCAACACCUACCCCUACACCUACAGCCCCAGCUCAAACUAAGAAACCCAAAUCCUCAUCCAAAGCGAAACCCACCCUGAUCAAUGCCAUCAGUAACGGAAGAGGAGCCGGCUCGGACGACUCCGACUCCUCGGAUGAACUCGCCGCCGGCUCCGAGCAUGAUGAGGCUGAACGCCGGCGCGCGAGCUGGAGUAUUCAGAAGAAGAAGGUGUUUCCCCCGCAGAGGCCGUCGUAUCCGCCGGCUGGGGCGCGGAGUGCGAGUGGCUCCGAGAGUCCGGAUGAGUUGACGAUUGAUGCGGUGGACUAUUGGCGGUCGACGGGGAGAGGGGGGAGGGGAGCAAGAGGGUCGUUUGGGGGUUCGGGUGGGGGGUCGGGCUCGGGGGUUACUGCUGGUGGGGCGACCGCGGUUGCGGUGGCGGUUAGUCCGAUGAGGGGGAGGAAGGGGGUAAGGGAGGUGGAGGUGGAGGUGGAGGUGGAGGGUGAGGGUGAAGAGGGGUCAGAGCUGGAGUUGGAAAAUGGGGUUGGGGAUGAGGUCGAGGUGAAGGAGGAGGUCGAGGUGCAGGUGGUGGCUGAAGGAGCUAAGGUUGAGGAUGUGGAUGAACCCUCCAAGGUGGACGCUUCUGAAGACAAGCGGCGGGUCGAAAAUGGAGACGGGGAGGAGUUUGCGGAUGGAAGCGUUGAAGUGGAUGUUACCGAGGACAAGCGGCCUGUUGCAACCGGGGAUGGGAAUGAGGAUGUGAAUGAAACCGCUGAGGUGGAAGCUACUGAGGAAGCUACUGAGGAAGCUACUGAGGAAGCUACUGAGGAUAAGCAGCGAGUUGAAACUGGGGAUGGAGAUCGGGGUGAGGAGGUUGAGGUUGAAACACCGGAGCUGGAGCGAGAGCAGGCGCAAGACCUCGACCACGAGGUUAAGCACAAGCACGAGCAUGAGGCUCAACACAACCAGGACGAACGGCAGGACCAGGUCCAAGAGGAUCCGGCCCAGGAGGAAGGCCGGACACAAGAGGGCACACAAGAAGGCUGCUCACAAGAGGAACGCAUGCAAGAGGACCGCAUGCAAGAGGACCACACACAAGAGGGCCGCACGCAAGACGACCACACGCAAGAGGACGAUGUGGGGGAUAAGGACGAAAUGAAUCUGGAUGCAGAUGACGGGGAAAAGACUGCCAAUGUCGCUCUCCCCUCUCCCAUCGCCGAAAUAACCGCCGAUUCUCCGCGCGAAGAACCGUCUGAAGACACACAAAAUAUACGUGAAUCAGGAGACACCCCCAAUGGCAAUCACAAUCACAGCCAAGACGAGGACAUCCCCAACGCCGACGACCUCGAUAUCGAACCGGAACCCACGAAUGGCGAGCUCGUGGAGGAAACGCCAGAGUCCUACCCGGACCGGUCGCCCACACCGGUCUCCCAGCCGUCACCGCCGCCGUCGAAACCAGAAAAGCUGGAUUAUCGCCCCAAAUUUCUGCUCCGGGGCCAUCUGCGGGGUGUGUCCGCCGUGCGAUUCUCGCCCGAUGCGUCGAUGAUUGCCAGUGGAGGUGCGGAUGGGGCAGUCAAAGUGUGGGAUACGGUGACAGGGAAACUGAUCCACUCCUUCGAGGGCCAUUUGGCGGGAAUCUCGACGAUCUCGUGGAGUCCGGACGGCGCGACAAUCGCAUCUGGGUCAGACGACAAGACAAUCCGGUUGUGGAAUGUCCUCACGGGUAAGGCCCAUCCGAUCCCCUUUGUCGGCCAUCACAACUACGUCUACCAGAUUGCCUUCUCCCCCAAAGGCAACAUGCUCGUAAGCGGGUCCUACGACGAAGCGGUGUUCCUGUGGGACGUGCGGUCGGCGCAGGUGAUGCGGUCGCUGCCGGCGCACUCGGAUCCGGUGGGCGGCAUUGACGUGGUCUGGGACGGGACGCUGAUCGCCUCGUGCGCGACGGACGGGCUGAUCCGGAUCUGGGAUACGGCGUCAGGCCAGUGUCUGCGCACGCUGGUGCACGAGGACAACCCGCCCGUCACGGCGGUCAGGUUCUCCCCGAACGGCAAGUACGUGUUGGCGUGGACGCUGGACGACUGCGUGCGACUGUGGGAUUAUGUCGCGGGCCGGUGCAUCAAAACCUACCAGGGUCACCGCAACCGGAAGUACAGCCUGCAGGGCGGGUUUGGCACGUACGGCGAUGCAGACCCUCGAAAUGGGAGGCCGGUGUACGCCUUUGCCGUCAGCGGCAGCGAGGACGGGGCGGUGCUGUGCUGGGACGUUGUCAGCAAGCAAGUCCUGCAGCGCAUCGAGGGCCAUACGGGGGUGGUGUUGGGGGUGGAUACGUGCUCGCUCCACGGCACACGGUUGAUGGUCAGUUGUGGGUUGGAUGGCACGGUCCGCGUCUGGGAAGAGUUCAGAACUGGUGGUGAUGAAGAGAUGCCGACGAUGAACGGGGCGCCGCAGACGAACGGCACGGUGGUCAAUGGCGGCUUGGCCUCCCACCCCGGCACGCCCGUCGACUCCUCCACCCACGAACCCAGCCCGAUGGCCAUUUCUGGGGGUGAUGCAGAGUUCGGGGCGACGAACGGACACCGCGAUGGUAUCCCGGAACCCGAAGAUACCGAAAUGGGUGAAGCUAGCACCUCGGAGGUUUGAUGAGCUCGUUAAAAGAGGUGUAUGUACAGCGGUGUAAACCAAGGGGUUCAUGGCGUUUCACGGUUGAGGGUUGUAUACUAGACAUGAGGGAUGAGCGAUCACAACUACUGGGAAAUACUGAAUGGUCCAUCCAAAGGAAAUGACGGGGGAGGGCAUAUUGGUGAAUCAAGGUGCAUGUAUGUAUGAUUAUUAUUAUUGCUAAUGGUGUGGAAGAAGAGGAUGACUGUGGGUGGUUCCGGGCCAGUCUUUUGAGCCAGGGAUACUGCUGAGAUGGAAGUGAUUUAGCCUUAUGUAGCUCUGCUCACUGCUCAGGACAGGCAUUGCUUG